AUGGAGAAAGGAAGAGCUCCAUCACCUGCAAGACAGCCCCCUACUUCAGGUUUCGAAAUUGUAGGGGAGGAAGUGCUGCUCGAGGAGCAGUCUUUCUCCUGGUACACCUCAGACACGUUUUGUCCCGUCAAUAUUGGUGAUAUCCUGCAAUCAAAAUAUCAAGUGAUUGGAAAGCUUGGGUAUGGGUCUGUGUCCACAGCCUGGCUCUGUCGAGAUCUCAUAAAUCAUGAAGACGUUACACUGAAGGCGUAUGUAUCUGCCCAUCGCCAAGCCAGAAACGAGUUCAAUGUCAUGAAUCACAUCAGCCAUUGGUCUAAGAGGAAAUCCGGUUCAAUUCUGGUCCGCACGAUGCGCGAGACGUUCCAAGUGCUGGGAAAGAAGGGACCUCAUCAGUGUCUUAUUCACGACCCUCUUGGCUUGACUGCGUCCCAGAUUCAGGAAAUGUUUGGCGGGAAAAUACCGGGGUCAAUGUUGAAAGCCAUGGUCCAUUAUCUUCUUCUCGCGCUUGAGUUUCUUCAUGCUGAAGCGCAUGUCGUUCACACCGACAUCCAAGGAGGCAAUCUAAUGUUAGGACUCAAGAACGACUCAGUUUUGCGGGAUUUUGAAGAUGAGGAAUGGGAGGAGCCUAGCGCACGGAAGUUCGAUGGUGACUAUGUCAUCUACGCUUCGAGGGAACUUGACAUUCCUGAUGAUACUGGACCUCUCAUACUGUGUGACUCUGGCGAUGCGCAUUACGGCGAAAACGAAUACGUUGGAGAGGUCAUGCCAGAUCUCUAUCGCGCGCCAGAGAUAGUUCUGGGAAUUCCAUGGAACGAGAAAAUAGAUAUCUGGAGUGUUGGGGUGAUGGCAAGUCACCGUUCCGCCUCAACGAGAAUAGCUUUCUUGCUUGCAUCAUUGCUAAUAUCUAUCCAGAUCUGGGAUCUUUUCGAAGGCAAGCGCCUAUUCACAGAAAGGCUUCCCAAUAGAGAGGAAUCAGAGGCGGCACAUCUGGCACGAAUGGUGGCACUACUUGGCCCACCACCUCCAGAUCUUCUGAAACGUGGAUCCAAGUCAGGGCGAUACUUUGAUGACAGAGGGAACUUCAUCGCCAAGACCAAGAUUCCUAUGGGCUCACUUGAAGACGAGGAAGAAAACCUGGGUGGGGAAAACCGGGCAAUAUUCAUUCGGUUCUUGAGGAAGAUGUUGCAGUGGAGACCCGAAGACAGAAAAACUGCAAGGGAAUUGUUGCAGGAUCCGUGGUUCAAGCAGCCGGAGUAG